GACGUGGUCAAGACGCUCGACGCGAUUGCCGAGAAGAUCUUGACCACGGAGCUGCAUUGCUCCACCUACCUCGGACAAGUUCAUCGUUCCAGUGGCUAUCAACAUGAUGAUGAGCCUGAGCGGUGCGUUGUACUGUUUAUGGUAUUGAGCUUUAUCAUUGACGCUUUGACGCACUUCGGCAUGUCGGAUUACUCUGUCCAUCACAACAGUCUCAUCCUUGAGGUCUCCAUCCGCAUCCAAGCGAGCAUCGAGCUGCAUAACAUGAAGCGAGUGUACGACCGCAGCACAGAGACUACGUUCGACGAGGCGUUCGUGAAUGAGUUGCACGCGGCGUGGACCUUGUUCUUGGAGGCGGGCCCGCAUAAGCACACCUGCUCCGAGGAUUCCGUCGUCGUUACAAUCAGCGGGCGUCUGAGGCAGGAGCAGAGCACCAUCAGCUCGGACAUAUACCAGAUGCUCGUCGACAUGCUUUCCGUCGGCCUCCCGUUCACCGCCGUGGUUUUCGCGCGCUUGCAGGACACCCAGGAGCUCUUCCCCGACAAGUGCAAAGACCUGAUUCGGAGCCUCCCUGUGAUAGAGCGGUGCCGCGACGUGCACGGCCUCAGGCAGCAGGGGAAAGCUGGCGGCGCUCUCUUCACGCUCGCCAAGCUGUGCGACGAGGUUCGCGUGGUCAAUGCAAAAUGUCCAGAGGCGGCUGCAGCGCGGGAUGACAUCGUAGACUGGAUUGCUGCCGCCGGCGCAGAAUUCGAGAAAGCCCUGAACAGCCUCUGCCAGAAGAUGAAUGUCAGCAAGACAAUGUCCGACUUCGAGAAGCACGAUGCCGUCGCGGUCACGGCCAUCGAGGCGUGGGACUUCACGCAGUGCGAGCGGCUUCGAAGUGACGCCGAGGUGCCCCAGCACGUCGUGAACAUCGCCAAGAAGCUCGAGUUGGCGGCCAACCAGUGGCCGACUUGGCAACACCUGUUGGAGUCCACGGUGCAGCAGUGCAAAGACUGGCUCGUGGGCCCCACGCGCGACGCCUUGCAGAAUGCAUUGGACAGCGUGCCUGCGACGGGUGAGGCUGUGCGCAAGAGGGCGGUGAUCUUCGGGGCAGCUCUCGUCGCCAGCCGCAUGCUCACCACCGACGGCAACAAGAAGGCGAUCGACGGGACCCUGGAUUAUGUGAAGAACAAGCUUCUGGUGGCAGAAGCGGAUUUGCCGCAGGCGCUGCUGAAGCGCCUGCGUACGGGCCUGCAGGGGAAGAAGGGCGCCGACGCAGCGACGGCCGCCCCAGAGCCAGAGGCCAGCCAGAAAGCUGCAGCGAGCUCGACGCUGGGCCUCCCCCUCAAGAAGCUGGCCAAGGGGUCUUCGACGGACUCCUGA